AUGCAAGUCCAUUCAAUCGGUUGUUUAUUACGGUUUAUUAAUGUAACACAUUGGGUUUAUGUUUAUGGUGGGGGAAAGCUGAGAUUGGAGGUGUUUAUAAGAGGGCCACGCGGUUGGGCUCCAAAAAUGUUGCGCCUGCUGCUGCUGUGGAUCACUGUGGUGCUGGUUGCAGCUCUGGAUGAGCGGGAAUUCGAUCCACAAGUGGCACCUUCGCAAAGUUUAGUUCCGAAACCCUUUCAACUUUGGCGAAAUUUUGCCAGUCAGUUGCAUCAGGUGAUCAGUCGCUUUCAGCCAAAAACAACCACACCCCCCACCGUCAAGACAAGGAUGGGUAUUACCACCACAACUCCAGAGCCGGAACUGCAAUUCUAUGGAGCCCUGAAUCCCAUAUAUCAAACGAGGAACUUUUAA